AUGCCAGCCACCAUAACUAUUAACUGGCGGGCUGUCAAGCGCAUCACUCUCUUUCUCGUUUGUGUAACAUUACCUGUGCUCUACUAUCUUUAUUAUACUUUCAAACCUCCUGUCGCACUAUACGCCGAGCUCUUUGAUGCAGAACUCAAAGCCUCGAAAACGGUAGCUGAAACUCGAGGGAAGGACAGAUAUGUAAAAUUUAAACAACUUCAAGGCGCAGGGUUUAAUAACCAGGCCCAAGAAAUAUUGUUGUACCACCACCUUGCUUUGCAGACCUCCAGAACAUAUGUUUACCAACCUCUUAUAUGGCGUCCACGAGGAGAGAAAGCCACUGUACCACUCUCAGCUUUCCUACUUGGUGUGACGGAGAACAGCAUCAGCGAAGCUGUUUUUGAGCAAGUUUGUCCCCCAGGCGAGGUUGUUCAUGUCAAUCUGAGGGUUGACUACGCAGACCAAUGGUUUCAUGCCAAAGAUAUUCUGAACCGCAAAGACAGAUGCGUUGUGGUUGACGACUGGCUUUUCAAUUGGAACUUCCUGGCGUCCACAGGUCUGCGAGUAGUAUGGUCCUCAUUUCAAACAUAUCUGGCCGAUCAUUUCAAGUGGUCGGAACACGUCUUGGAUAUAGUCAACAGGACGGAAGCCAACCUUGGCCUCAGACCAAAUUCCAGCGCUUCAGCGGACGGGGAACCUUAUAUGGCAAUCCAUCUUCGACGAGGGGAUUUUGAAGACCAUUGUUCCUAUCUUGCUGAAACUAGACAAGGCUUCACGACGUGGGCAACCCUUCCUCUUAUCCAACAGACCAUUUAUUCUCCGACCCUGGAUACAUACAAUGCCACGUCGGUCAUGGCGCAUUGUUACCCCAGCCUAUACCGCAUACUAGACGUCAUAUCGGACCAGGCACGCAAGAAGCCGCACUUGCGAAGAUUGCAUGUCCUGCACGACGGCUCUUGGGACCACCCGCUGGUUUAUCUCCAGUUCUACAAACUUGCUGAAGCGCUGAAGAGCGCAGAGUGGGCCAAAAGGCAUGGCUGGGAAGGCGGUCCGAUGUUACGAGUUACGCAGAGCUCAGAUGCGCCUAUAUACGCAGGCGAGAGGGACUGGACUGUAUGCGUGGACGUCGAACUCGCUCGGCGCGCGGAAGUGUUUAUUGGUAAUGGCUAUUCGAGUCUAAGCACCCAAGUUAUUGCGCUACGAUUGGCGGACGGUGGAAAUAUACAGGAUAUUACAUUGGUCUAA